AUGUUGUUGAGGCUGCUCCAAGGGCAGCAAGAGAAGCUCCAGAGGCUGCAGGAGAUGAUGGGAGCCCAGGUUCAAGGGCAACAGCAGCUUGCGGCUGCGACGCAGAGCUUUGCAUCGGCAAGCUCAUCGGCUACUAAAGGACGUGGCCUAAUUGAUGUGAAAGCUGUGGGGCGACCGAGCCAGCUGGGCGGUACUUUGGAGGAAGCGUCAAAAUGGUCGUAUCGCCUCGAGCUUUGGUUGGCCUCGCAAUUUCCGGAUGCUAGGAAGAUCCUUGCUUGGGCCAAGGAUAGAGGAGAUGCCGAGAUUUCUUUGGCGAGCCUGGAGUCGGCUUCGAUAACAGGCGUCGCCAAGGAAUCGGUGCAGGAAUUUAAUCGCCAGCUUGAGGUGGUGCUUGGGACGCUGACCAGCGACGCGCCUGGGGACAUUACCAUGAAUAGCUCGACUGGGUCGGGCUUGGAUAUGUUCAGGCGGUUGCACGCCCGCCUUGAUCCAUCAGACAUGGUCAUCAGCAUGAGGUACCCACCGGCGGUACAGCCAGCGAAAGGACUGCACUUCUUUGACGGAGCAGCAGAAGAUGGGCCUUCAUUGACCUUCAUGGCCACGGACGGAGCUGUGCCAAUGGAAGUGGAUGCUCUGAAGGGAAGCUUCAUUGGGGCUUUGGACGGCGAGGGCGAUGCCGACUCCGAGGGAGACCCUGCAGACGGUAGGGACGACGGCGCUUCGCUCCUCACCUGGUGCCGACCGCUCUGGGGCCGGCAGCGGGCUCAGAUCGCCGAGGUGGAAGCCCAGGGCAGUGAAGGUGACCAAGGGGAUCUCACCAUGCACAGGCUGAUGCUGGAUCUGGUCAAGGGCUUCAGGCCGACCUGGAUGCGGGCCGAACACCCCGCGGUCGGCAAAACGCAAGGAAAGGUGGCUGCGCCACCAUCUCGCCGAGAGAAGGCUAUGAUGAGGGGCGAAGGCGAGGGCCGAGAGCACUCUGGGGAUGAGCUCGUCACGCCUAAGGAAAGGGACUGGGGUGCCAAGUCCCGGCGGCUAACAUCAGAAGGCCGUGAGGGCAAGAAGCUCCGAGAGCAAAGAAGAAAGAAGAAAAGGGCCCAAGAGAUGCGAGAUGAGCCAAGCUAUCCUCCACCUGGCCGUGGGAUGAAGAAAAAGAAGGUGGUGCGAAGGAAGAGCAUCUCCGAGCUCACCCACAGCCAGAAGCGACAGGUUCAGGAGGCAAUCGCCUCUGCGACUUGGAAGGUCGAGCCCAAGACUAGGGGCCGGCCUCAGCUGAACAAGUUCAGCCAGAUGUUUUCGAGGGCUGUGAACUACCUUAAGGGCUACCGACUGGCCCUGCCGCAGAAGCAGAUCCGCCGCAGGGGCCUCGCCAAGCAGUACCAAGCUGCAACCAGGCGGUGGGGAAGGAGCAAGGAGGCCGGUGUAAUGCUUCGAACCAGGGUUUGGUGGGGCCGCUUCGGCCACCACCAUUCAGAUCACCGGAUCCUGGACAGUGGGGCGAGCCACAAUGUGAUCUUAAAGGCAUGGGUGAAGCACCUUGAGUGGGGACCCGCCGAAGGACCGGCAGGCUUCCGCACAGCGGAUGGAAGCUGGCUGCCAAACCUCGGUACGGCCGUGGUGUCGCUGAGGUCGACCGAAGGGUUUUCCUUUAAGGUCCGGUUUUGCGUGGCCUCGGUGCAGUGUGCGCUUCUCAGCGCCACCCAAGUCCUGAAACUUGGGCACACGAUCGUCCUGAAAGGGGCGAAGGCUGUUACCCAUGUGAAAGGAAACAAGGAGAAAGCUUUGGCGUUCAAGAUCCUUGGGUCGCCUAAGGCGACGUUUGCUUUCAAGGGUUUCCUGCGGCACUUCCCGGAGGAAGUAGGUACUGUAGAUGUACAGAAGAAUUCGAAAGUUUCACCAGACAGCCAUUUUGGCGCGGGUCAACAAUGGGAUUCCGACUUGGUCAAGGCAGUUCGUGGAUUGCCCUGGAAGACCUCUCCGGAUGAGACUGGGGAUGGUGCUCGAUUACCCGAGCAACUGACCGUCCGAGCUCAGGUUGAGGAAGGUUUGCCUCCACCUGCUCGUGAGCUGGUUAGGCCAGAGGUAGCACCCUUCAGGCGUACCUACAUCCGCCAAUCCGACCUAGACAAGUUUGGGUAUACGGCCGGAUGCGAGGCAUGUUCUGCCAUCCGUGAGGGUCGGAAGCGAACGGGCAUCAACCACACAGAGCACUGCCGAUCAAGGAUCAUGGAAGCCCUAAAGAACACAGAGGGUGGAAAAGCCCGACUGGAACGCGAAGAGCAAUGCGAGAGUGAAGUCUUCGACAAGGUGAACAUCGCAGAGGAGGAGAAGAGGAAGGUGAGCACAGGGCAGGAGGCAUCUUCUUCCACGGACCCUCCACUCACCAACCGCCUUUCAGGCCUGAGGUUCCGAGCGAACCAAGUUCUCUGCCACCUGUUGGUGCGGCUGCUUCAGCUGCGCCCAGUUGGGGGGCAGAAGAGAAAGAGUGAAGGCGGGGCGGACGAGGGUCGUGCCGAGCUGGCACCUCCUGAGGAAAGGUCCGAGGGCCGAAAGCGAAAAUCACCUGAAGAUGCCGAGGGCAUGAUCAAAGAGCUCAUUCUUCAAGAGCGCGAAGGUUUCAUUGCCAGUGUCGAGAAUGAAGAACAACCCACCUGCGACUUGGAAGACGACCUGUGGGAAGAAAAGUUCUACGACGAAAAUACUGGUAAAGAGCUUCCCGCCGAUGGUGUCAAGCAAGCUCGCAUGGAAGAGAUACAAGUUAUCAAGGACAUGCAAGUGUUGGAGCCGAUACCAAGACCCCCUGCCGAAUGGGUCAUCGGCACCCGAUGGAUUGACAUCAAUACGGGGGAUGAUCUCCGAAAGAAACUGCGCUCCAGACUGGUAGCACAAGAACUGAAAAGAAAGAAAGGAGUCAACGAAGAUCCGACCUGGACCGAGUUUUUUGCGGCAAUGCCGCCACUAUCUUCGUUGCGGGCGCUCUUCACGCUAGCUACAACUGGGCGUGUACCCGGCCCAGACAAGAAAGCCUUCCAGAUGAACGAGCAUGGAGAAGUUUGUGUGCUGUUCAUUGGCGUGAAGAAAGCUCACUUCUGGAGUCCAGUUAGGAGGCGACUCCUAGUGGAGUUACCACCAGAAGCUGGGGAAGGAGCUGACAAGCAAGGGGUGUCCAACCCGUGUCUGUACUUUCACCCAGAGCAUGGACUACGUUGCAAUGUGCAUGGGGACGACUUCACCGUCGUCGGGGGCUACAAGCUUCAAUGGUUGAUAGAGUCACUUCAGAAAGCGUGGACUAUCGAGAUUGGCCACGUGGACCAGAGAAGGGAUCGAAUCGAAAUGGAAGCCGAUCCUCGCCAUGCGGACCUGGUGUUGGAACAUCUGGGUUUGAAUAACUCCAGCCCUGUUACCACACCGCUUGUUAAAAGUACGGGGGAUGAAGAUGAGAGUCCACUCUCCAGGCAAGAUGCUGGAAUCUAUCGGUCCAUAGCAAUGAGGAUUGGGUAUCUGUCGAGCGACAGACCCGAUAUGCUUCGGACUGUGAGGGAACUGGCAAAAGGGCUCAAAGAACCCACUCGGUAUCACUGGAACUUGCUCAAGAGAGCGGGGAGAUACUUACGAGGGGCACCACGCCUGGUGCAGCUUAUCCCUCACCAAGAAGGAUUCAGCGUUAUCCAGGGAUGGAGUGACACUGAUCCUGCAGGAUGCGUUCACACAAGGAAGUCCACCACGGGGGCUGUAGAGCAACUGGGGAAGGCAGUCAUCAAAGCCACUGCAAAGGGGCAGGCAGUCAUCGCACUCUCCAAAAAACAAGCAAUGUUAGCUGAUUGGGGCAUCAAUUGCCCUGUGAUCACCAACAUGGACGCCACCACGGGCAUUUCCAUUGGAAGCCGAACAGGUCUUGGACGUGUGAAGCACAUCCACACCUGCUUCCUAUGGGUCCAAGAGGUGAUUGAUUCUGGCCGAGUCAAACUGAAGAAAGUCCCUACGGGAGAAAUGCUGGCUGAUCUGAUGACGAAGCCACUGGAUGCAAAACUCAUCCAGAAGUUCCUGCAAGGAAUGGGCUACAACAGCAGAGAGGGACGACAUCCCUUGGCCCUGAAGACGUAA